AUGGAAUCAUCAAAAGACAUGUUUUCUCUAGUUAAUAAACAGAUUCGUCUAUAUUGUAUUGAAGAUCGAGUUUUCACUGGAUUCGUCUAUACUGUUGAUCCAAAGACGGGUAAUUAUGUGCUAUACUCAUGUGUUAAUGAAAGAUAUCAGCCUAUUGUUGUCCGUCGGGAAGCUGUUAAAAGUCUAGAAAUUCUGGACGGUGAAAUCCCAUUGACGAUAAAGAAUAUUUUCGACUCUUUAUUGCCUUCUACGUUUGAUGGGGAGUAUUUGUCAAGUAAAAAGGAAGAAGUUUCAACAAAAAUGCUAACAGCUACAACAGAAAGUACACUGGACAGUAUAUCAGGAAAGAAAGUGAAUCUAUCACCGGUAACAAUAACGCCAGAGGAAUUGGAGCGUAGACGCGAAAAAAUUAUCCAACUUUUCACCAUUAAUCAUUUGAAAGAUUUAACGGUUACUGAUGAAGGUGAAAUAGUUAUAUACAAUAUGGCUUCCAUUAAACCACCAUAUCAUGUGAGUUGUUGUACUGGUAGAAAUAUGAUCGUACUGGAUCGCGUUAAAACUUUAUUAGGCAAGCUUGCAGAGUUGGAGGAAGCAGAGAAAGUCAAAGAAGACAUUGACUAA